CAUUUACUUAUUCUUCUUAUCUUUUCAAUUCUCUGCAGUUUUUUUUUAUAAUCAAAUACUGAUGGAUGGUCCAAAUACACCAAGAGAUAUAGUCUCUACUGCAACAUCUGAAGAAAAGGAAACACCUGCAGUUGAUUCAAACUUUGACAUACUUCAACCUGCUGCGAACCAACAAAACAGAAGCCACUCAGAUGAUCCUGUUGAUAUAAAUUCUGAUAAUGAAGAUGACCUUGUCCUAAGUGAUGCUUCCAUUGAAGAACUUAUUACAAACAUCGGAAAGGCUUUGUUGAGAAGGGCCCCAUUAGCUACCAGGAGACAUGCUCAUCGUAUGCAUAUGGAUACUGGAAAAAGCCCUGUCCCAAGUGACCUUAGCCCUGACGAUGUUGCUGGCAAUAUAAGAAAGGAUUUGAGAGAGCGUCCUUUGAUUAAAGGGCCUGGACCUAUUGGCAUACUUUGGGACAUUGAAAAUUGCCCUGUACCAGGUGAUGUUAGCCCUGAUGAUGUAGCUGGCAAUAUAAGAAAUGCUCUGAGAGAGCAUCCUUUGAUUAAAGGGCCUAUUACCAUGUUCUCUGCAUAUGGAGAUUUUAAUUGCUUUACCAGGCGUCUUAGGGAGGGUUGCCAGAGAACUGGUGUCAAACUCAUUGAUGUUCCAAAUGGAAGGAAGGAUGCUGCUGACAAGGCUAUCUUGCUUGACAUGUUUAUGUUUGUUCUUGACAAGGCCCCACCAUCUUCUAUAAUGCUUAUUUCAGGGGAUGUGGAUUUUGCUCCAGCUCUUCACAGUCUGGGCCAGCGUGGUUAUACCAUCAUUCUUGGUGUUCCAUCUGGCGUGAGCGUGUCUUCUACCUUAUGCAAUGCUGCCCGGAGAUAUAAAUGGUUUGAAAGGACAGCUGGUGAAGUUGCUUAAAUCAUCGGGAGGCUGUCUGCCUUUUACCCGAGUUCCUAUUGAGUACCAGAAAAUGUUUAGAAGGCCGCUUUGUUGUUCAGAGUUUGGAACAUUCAAGCUUGUUAGUCUCUUCAAGAAGAUGGAUGAUGCUAUGGCGAUUGAUGGAAAAGGUGACAAUAAAAUUGUCUACCUUCG